AUGCCUGGCAGCCCAGAGAAUAUCCCCCUGGGAGAGUGCACCCUCUCCCAGUCCAGGGACCAGCUGACGCCCCCGAGCCGCACCGAGAGCACCGUGUUCAGCCUGUCACGCAGCGACUCCCUCUGGACCACCGAGACCUCUCGCAGCAAGUGUGAGGUCUACUGGUUCCCCAUUCACCUCAUGUCCACUGGGGGAAGCUUCCUGGUAUGCGGCAUCAUCAUCAGCGGCUUGUACUUUGCCGGCCACUGCAGGAAGGUGACCAACAUGCUGGGACCUGCCCUGCUGUCCAUUGGGCUGAUGGUUUUUGUGGUGGGCGUUGUCCUGAUACCCAUUACAAAGGAGAACAGGAAGAGGUCCAACAUGAAGAAGCCGAUUAGUUACUACAGGCCUCCGGUGUUCAAUCUGUGA